CAAUUAUUAUUCAUUUUACAUUUAACUAUUUAUUAAUGAAAAUAAAUGUUUGUAUAAUUAAAUAGUUCUAUUAAAUAACGGCAGAUUAAAAAAAACAUAAUAAUAACAUUAUUGUUUGUAUUCGUACAUAUUCUUGAUUUUUUAAAAUAACAUUAAUUAAUUCAUGGUCAACAAAUAUUUUAUCAAUUGUAAUGGAUGAUAGUGUAGAAGACAAAAUAAUAUAUCAAGUUUAUUUGACACACAUGAAGUUACUAUCAUCAAAACUGACAUCAGCUAAGAACAAAGUUAACUCUUUUAACAACAUGUGGAAAUACAUGCAAUUUUAUUUUACCAAACCAGAAGUAAUAUUUUUUUUUAGCAUUAAUACUUUGUUUACUAUUUUUCUCCGGUAAUUUAUUUCAAAGCACAAAUGGAUUUUUAAAAAAAAUUAAUCGAAGUCUGUCAUUCAUUGGUUUUAAUGAUUUUCAACAAUUAAUGGUUGAUGAAAAAGAUGCACUUAGUAAAAACUGGAAAUUUGAUGGUAAAAAUGUUGCUCUAUAUGCUAUCAAAGGUCGACGAUCACAAAUGGAAGAUAGAUAUGUCAUAAAAACUAAUAUUAUGAACACUGGUAUAUCAUUAUUUGCUAUUUUUGAUGGACAUGGGGGUGAAUUUGCUGCAGAAUAUGCAACUACGCAUUUAAUGAAAAAUCUUACAAACAAAAUUAUUGAAGUAAAAAAAUUGCUCGAUGAAAAAACUGAUGCAACCGAAGAACUAAAAAUAUUUAAUUCAAAUACACCUGAUAAUUUAACACCAAAAAUGAAAACAAAAAUUAUUAAAAUUGAAGAACAUACGCCUACAAAAAUGAAACCUAUAAGUUCUGCAGAUGAUAGCGUUAUUAGUCUAAACAAACAUAAACAAGACCCUUUAAAUUUAAAAAAAGACAUAACUACAUUAAAAAAUGUUGAUGAUGAGAUCAUAAAUCCUUCUUCAUAUUUACAAAAAGAUGGAAAUAUUAAUUUUUCAAAAAUAUUGAUUGAUGAAGUUCUAGCUGCAGACAAACUAUUAAUUGAAGCAGCAAAAUUAACUUAUGAUAUUGCCGGUAGCACAGCACUCAUUGUUUUAGUUGAAGGCACUACAUUAUUUGUUGCAAAUGUUGGAGAUUCAAGGGGUGUUAUGUGUGAUAAGAAAGGAAAUGCUAUACCAUUAUCAUUUGAUCAUAAACCUCAACAAAUGCGAGAAAAGAAACGUAUUGCCGAAGCUGGUGGUUUUAUAUCAUUUAAUGGUGUUUGGAGAGUUGCUGGUGUAUUAGCUACUUCCAGAGCACUUGGAGACUAUCCUUUAAAAGAGAAACAAUUUGUCAUUGCUAAUCCAGAUGUUUUAACAUUUGAUUUAUCGCAUCAUGAUCCACAAUUUAUAAUACUAGCAUCAGAUGGCUUAUGGGAUACAUUUACAAAUGAAGAAGCUAUAGAGUGUAUUAAAAAACAUAUAGAUGAUUCAUUUUACGGAGCCCAAUACUUAACAAUACAAUCAUUUAAUAGAGGAUCUCUAGACAACAUUACUGUACUAGUCAUUAAAUUCCCACCUAUAUGGAGUAAAGAAUCACAAGUAGUUGAUCAUGGUGGUAGUAAAUAUUAAUUGUUAAACAUAAUAGGAAUAUUUUAUAAUUUUUUACCUCUAAAGCUAAUUUAACCUUGUAUUUAAUUGAAUACCCACCUAUUUUAGUGACUUAUAUUAAGAAGUUAAUCUUUGGUUUUUUUUUCAAUAUAACUGUUAUGUUUACUGUUUUGUAUAAUUUAAAUUAAUAUAUGUUGUAUAUCAAUGAAUAACAAUGGAAAAUUAUUAGUUCUAAGGCUUUAGAGCACAAUAUAUUAUUAUUAAUGCCAAAUAUUACUAAAUACACACAUACAUACAUUGUAUACAUCAUACAUUCAGUAACAAAUUGAUUAUUAAAUAUAUAUAAAUAAUUUUGAAACUGUGUGUCACAGAAUUGCUAGAAUUGGUAACCUUGCAAAACAGAUAGAAAAAAAUUGUAAUUUAUCAAGUUUGAAAAAAAAUUUAAGAAUGUAAGUAUGUAAUCUAAAAUAAUUGAAACAUUACUGAAAUAUUAUUAUUCAUUACAAUUAUCGGCCAUUUUUAUCUUCUUUUCUAUAUUAGUUAAUACCUACAAUAAAAUUAACUUAUAUAAUACUGUAGUCUCGUAUAUUUAAAUUAUAUUUUAUAUAUUAUGUUAAUGUUAGUGGCAAUCUACAAAAAUAAUAAAUACUCUUGAUUAAUAUAAAAUAUGAAAAUUUAAAA